AACCACUUGUUAUUAUCUCAUUUACAUUCUUCAAUUUCUUUCAACAUCUAUUCAAAUAAAAUCUAUCACCAUCAUUUCAAUGAUGGGUUUAUAUUAAUCUGGUUUUAUUAUCAAUGGCUAACUAAUUUAAAAUUGUGUUAUAUCAAAGCAAAACCAUUAAUUAUUAGUUUCUUUUUUUGUUUAUUUGUUUUUGCUUAUGGGGUUGCUUGAUUCUUUGUUUGGAAAUGAUUCAAGAAAAUUUCUCAAGAGAAAAGACAGCGAUGCUGGAGAAGCAGGACGAGCAUUGGAAGAACUCAGAAGUAAUCUUUACAAUGAUCUUAGAACUUCGGAGGGAGCAAAGCGCCAACAGCAACGGUUUUGUGGACCGGUUAUAGCAAUGACAUUCAAUUUCAUGGUUGCUGUUGGUGUUAUUCUGACGAACAAAUUAGUUAUGGGACAGAUUGGAUUUAACUUCCCAAUCUUUCUGACAUUGAUUCAUUACACAACUGCAUGGAUUCUGCUUGCUAUUUUCAAAGGGUUUUCGCUGCUUCCGAUCUCUCCUCCAUCAAAAACUACUCCUUUCACUUCCAUUUUCUCGUUAGGCGUCGUUAUGUCUUUCGCGUCCGGCCUUGCCAAUGCUAGCUUGAAACACAAUAGUGUCGGUUUCUACCAAAUGGCGAAAAUUGCAGUCACUCCUACCAUUGUUUUUGCAGAGUUCAUUCUGUUCAGGAAAACUAUUUCGAAUAAAAAGGUUUUCGCUUUGGUGAUUGUAUCAGCAGGAGUGGCAAUUGCAACCGUAACAGAUUUAGAAUUCAACUUAUUCGGAGCGUAUAUUGCACUCGUGUGGAUAAUUCCAAGCGCGAUUAACAAAAUACUCUGGUCUCAUCUGCAACAACAAGCCAACUGGACAGCGCUUGCAUUGAUGUGGAAGACUACACCGGUUACCAUAUUGUUUUUACUCGCAUUGAUGCCGUGGUUGGAUCCACCAGGAGUGUUAUUAUUCAAGUGGAAUCUGCAUAACUCAUCAGCAGUAUUCAUAUCAGCUCUCUUGGGGUUUCUGUUGCAAUGGUCCGGGGCUUUAGCUCUCGGGGCAACUUCUGCGACAUCUCAUGUGGUGUUAGGACAGUUCAAGACGUGCGUGAUUUUGUUGGGUGGCUACCUUAUUUUCGAUUCCGAGACAAGUUACAUAAGCAUCGGCGGAGCGAUGACAGCUUUAGGUGGAAUGUCAGCAUACACGACACUCAACUUGAAAGGGUCUAGUGAGAAAGUUGUGAGCAAUCAGAUUUUAAAACCAGCCCUGCCUUUAUCAAAACCGAAAACGGAAUCGGAACCAGCUGCAGAAGAAAGCAUACUCAUAAAUGGAGCAAAUACUGUAGAUGCUGUUUAAGAUUAUAAUUGUAGAUGAUCUUCUAAAAGAGCACAUUUGUUGGAAUUUUGAUUAAAUGAAUGAAUGAAAUGUACAUAACAAAUGGUUACUCAUAGAUUAGACUUAGGCCAAAUGUGCAAUUUUAGCCUUCAUGUUAA